AUGUUUCUUGAGCGGACCGUGUCCAUGAAACUGUGUGGACAGUGGAAUUCCCCCCACUGUAAAAUACAUCUAUAUGAAGGUUUCCUGAACGGCGAGGAUGAUGCUCCCUAUCAAGGUGUAUUGCCAACGAUUCGACCUACUAUAUACUAUGGACGUACCGCGGGAGAUUUCAAACUCUUUCUUUCAAAUAUCCCUCAGAAUACUAUUCCCAGUCUAGCAGCCCUCGAACCAAAUGACGCCGUCUAUAUUCGCGACAUCAGGCCAGACAGUCGGAUUCACAUGGAUAUGGGUGUGAAUGAGUCGCCAAAACCACGGUUAAUCGACGAUAUUUUCAUAUUCAGGACUCACAAAGAGCACUUUGCCAUCCGUUGCGACAAGAUAUGGACUCAUGAUUAUUUGAAACAAACUCUACAGGGUUAUAUUACUACUCUGAAGACUCCAGGAAUGCUUGCGGACCCUGAUCUGAAUGUCGUAUGGCUGGCUCCUCAAAAUAAACAGGGAGUAUGGGUCAACUCCGAUAGGAGAGCAGUAGUAGAAGAGGUGUUCACAACAAACGACAUGAACUAUGGUUCUAGCUAUUACAUACAAGAAGCCGAACCAAACGAAGACUGCAAGCCAUUGAUUGAAUUGAGAACGACAGACAUCUCUGAACCAGCAGACAGUGAGGGCUAUCCUUGGAUUCUGAAAAAAUGGGCUGGCUUAGAGUACUGGACGUCUUGGGAUGGUAUAUUUAAAGGGCGCCAGACUAUCACGAUACGAAACGAGAUUGAAUAUCCAGAUCCGCUGGCAGGUCUUUCUGCAGGACCAGCCAUUGCUACGCCCUUCAUCGGUGAUAACCUACCUUAUCCCUAA